AUGCGAGAAAAAAUUAUUAGACAGCUCGGACUGGUGAAUCUAUAUCCGCAUUCCAACCAAACUCUAUGGGAAGCUUACGGAAUAUGCUCGUUAAAAUUCAACCAUUCAAUCUGCAUGUCAUAUAUGAGAGUCAAUAGCCAUCAAGAAAUACAAGCAGAAAUUGAACAAGCUCAACAUCGGCUGAGACAACUCCUCGAAGAUCCACAGCUAGAAGAAUUCAACCCACGAAACCGCAUCAAGAGAGCUCCCUGGUUUGGCUUCGUAGGCACAAUUGCACGUGAGUUGUUCGGUACCAUGGACUAUAGUGACAAGGAACACAUCACCGAAGAAAUAAACAAAUUAUACCAAGACAACAGGGAAUUAGUACACUUAUCACAGAACAACACUCACAUCAUCAGAAGUGAAAUAAACGAAAUUCUAAAACAUGAAGUAAAUAUAACCGAGAGAAUCAAGGAAGUGGUUCGAACAUCAGCUUACCUCAAGCAAGCAGUAAACAAACAACUGAGCGACCUUCAAAGAAGUCAAUUAUUCUCUAUGGCUACAGAUGAGCAUAUUCACCUGAUGACCAACCACCUAAGGACUCUCAACAACGCAUCAAAGACCAUAGAAGAAGCAAAAUGGGGUAAACUCACCUAUUUAACAGUGUCAGCUAAACAACUACAUCGAGCAACUGCUGAUAUGAUGGAAAAACAUCCAACGUUAAACCCACCUCAACCUCUGGAUCACAUGGACAUCAAUACACUAGCCAGAGUAUCGACAGUGGAAACAGGAAAAACAAAUGGACACUUCCUGAUAAUAAUCACCGUGCCGCUUUUUGACCAGAUGCCAUGGUUAGCGUACGAACCUAAAUCGCUACCAAAACCUGAGAAAAUUGGAGACCAAAUAUCAACAUUGACAAUUCAGCCAACAUCGAAAUACCUCGUGUCAGAGCCAUCGUUCGAUGAAUAUUUUCUCGCUGGACAGGACUACAUCAACAGCUGCAAGCCCAUCGGACCAGAUAUGGCAUGUCCGCCUGACUUUCCGUCUAAAACAACUAAGUUAGAGAAUGAGGUAGAUUGCGAAAUGAAAUUGUUAAUGGAUCCAAAAACUGAAAAUCUACGGGAAUGUAAUAUAAGAAUUAUCCAAAAAUCUGAAAAUCGCAUAAUUAAUGGAACUGGACUCAUACACAUCCAACAAGGAUGCCAAGUAAACUGCAAUGAAUAUACAAUCCGAGGGAUUGCAAGAGAGUCAAUAAAAAUAGACCUUAUUGCCCCGAGUUUCAAUCUUUCCUUGGAAACAUUAAACUCGAGCCUAAAAAUCAACGACGCAGUUCCAAAUUUGUUCACACAAAGUCAAGACCCAGCUACAAUCAUCGACAAAUUUGAACCUUGGGGCCAAGAGCUAGAAGAAAAUGAAGAAAAAAUGUCAUUAAUAGCUCUAGACCAUCAAAAAGAGGAAAUCAACCGUAAAAUAACCAUCGGAUCGGUAACAACAUUAGGAAUAAUAUCACUCAUAAUAGGGGGGAAAGCUAUACAGAAAACUAUCCGCCAAUUCCUAUCCAAGCCUCGCAAGCCCAGCAGAGUCGAUGAAAAACCAGUCAUAAUUCAACUACGAACUGUUGAAAAAAAGACGUCGACCUCUCAAGAAGUCAAGGAACCACAUCCAACAACAGUAACAACCGAAGAAGCUCCUGGGACCGUCGAGAAAUCAACAAAGCCGAAAACCUUUCGGCUGAGAGACUACAAAUCACCGAUUCAGACAAAAACCUCAGCUUCAACUUCGUAG